UUAGUGUUAUAUCAGAAUUAUUUAUCCACCCACUGAGUUUCUUCCUACCUUAAGCAGCCAUGGCUACUCUCUCUGAAUUCCUAUCUCGCCUCUACACUGUAGCCACAGUCUUCUUCUGCCUCCUCACACUCGAAGCCGUAAUCCUAUUCCGGUUGGUCACCGGAAGCAUCACCAAUUCCGAUAACCGCGGCGUAAUCAGCACAAGCCAAUAUCUGCAGCUAAUUGAAGAGAAAAAUCCAGCAAUUCUCUAUACCGAAAAGCUUAGGCAGCAAUCGGUAAUAGAAUGCGCAGUUUGUUUAUCGGAAUUUUUGGAAGGGGAAAGUGUUAGGAAAUUGAAAUGCAAGCACACAUUUCACAAGGAUUGCCUUGACAAAUGGUUGCAGCAAUAUUUGGCUACUUGCCCUCUUUGCAGGACCAAGGUUUUGCCUGAUGAGAUUGUUGCUGAUUAUCAUCAACUUCAAGAUCAGAUCGAUCACUAUGACGGGAGUGAUGAAGAGAUGAUUUUCUUGCUUUCUGCUUUGCAUGGUAAUGGUUUACAGAGAAUUUUCUAGUUUCUUUUCCUCCUCCAUGUGCAAUUAGCAACCAUAGAUGUUAGUCUUAUUAGAUACUUAGUUAUCCUAUUAAUUAUUUACUUAUAAUUUUAUCUUCCAAAAAUUAAAGAAAUAACUUUCUAGAUCUUUAUGAUCAUAAUUUGUUACUUAUAAUAAAAAAAAAAAAAAUUCAAAAUGGGUGUUUGCAUUGCGUUUCUCUGAAGCUCUAGGGAUGGCAAAAUUUUCGAAUUUGAUUCAAUUUAUUUCGAAUUUAUCAA